GUGGGUUGAAAAUGUUGUUGACUGAUCAGAGUAAAAUGAUCAUGGCCGUUGGAGGGGUAACUGCCCUUGCUGCCGGUGUUUAUGCUACUAGGGAAGGUGCGAGGGUAAUGUGGGGUCACGUCAAUAGAAUGUUGGGCCAGCCAUCACUGAUUAGGGAAUCCUCCAUAGCGAAGUAUUCAUGGUCGGGAGUUAUCUCAAAAUUCUCGAAGAAGGUUCGGAGUUUUAGCACAUCAAAUAAGGAUUCGACAUCUAUGAGAAAUAAAACAAGCUUCGACAAUAUUAUUCUUCAUCCAUCACUAAAAGCGAGGAUCGAGCAACUAGCUAGAGCCACAGAGAACACAAAGUCUCAUCAAGCACCUUUUCGUAAUAUGCUUUUCUUCGGACCACCGGGUACUGGGAAGACCCUGGUAGCAAAAGAGAUGGCACGAAAAUCAGGCUUAGAUUAUGCAAUGAUGACGGGAGGAGAUGUAGCACCUUUAGGUUCACAAGCUGUUACCAAAAUACAUGAAAUUUUUGAUUGGGCAAAAAAGUCAAGGAAGGGAUUACUGCUCUUCAUUGAUGAGGCUGACGCUUUCCUCUGCGAGAGAAAUAACAUACACAUGAGCGAAGCUCAGCGGAGCGCUCUGAACGCGCUGCUCUUCCGCACCGGCGAUCAAUCCAGAGACAUAGUUCUCGUCCUCGCGACAAACAGACCCGGUGAUCUCGAUCCAGCAGUCACAGAUCGAAUCGAUGAAGUAAUUGAAUUCCCCCUUCCCGGCGAAGAAGAACGCUUCCAGCUCCUGAAACUCUACCUGAAUCAAUAUAUUUCUUCCGAAUCAGAUCCCAGAUCAUCCUCAUGGAGUUCUCGGUUCAGUAAGCCGCAGCAGAAGAUAGUUCUGAAGGGUGUGAGCGACGACGAUAUUCGAGAAGCAGCGAGGAGGACGAAGGGAUUUUCUGGAAGGGAGAUUGCAAAACUUAUGGCGAGUAUUCGCGCCGCCGUCUAUGGUAGUCCGGACUGUGUUCUGGACUCGAAUUUGUUCAUGGAGAUGGUGAGCUUCAAGGUUGAUGAACAUUAUAAGAGGAUAAAGCUUGCUGGGGAGGACGGUGCUGAUAAUGCUGUUAGAGAUGUCUAAUUUUACUUUGAAAAUUGAGGCAUUUGCAUGCAUACCACCUAAUUCCUAUUAUUUGCAUGUUUAAGACUUAAAAUUUUAUUUUUUUACAUUUAUAUCACGCAAUUAUUUCAUAUCACGUAAAAAAAAUACUAUAAUUUUAACAUUUAGAAAGUGAAAUGCAGACAUGGUAGUUAAAAAACUGACGUUUGGGUGUCAUAUAUCUAAAUACAUAGGAAUUGUGUGGUAUGUAUGUAAAUUUCUUGAGAAAGUUGGGGCAAUUACGUAUAUAGCACACAGUUCUUAUUUGUUUAGGUAUCUAACAUCUAAAUUUUUAUAUUUACA